UUUGUGUUGGAUUAUCGGCUUGUGUGUGUUUGUCUCAUUUCUCACUUUUCACUAUGCCAGAUGUGGAAAAUAUAUAUCUUACGCGUGAGCUCCAUAAUUUAAUCUUGAUAAUCGUCACCGAGUCGCUAUGCUGGUAUAACUCGUAAGAAAUAUCGUGUUUGCUAGUCCACUUAAUUUGAGGAUUAUCAUGUUUACAUAUAUACGGAAAUCUCUGCGGAAUAAAAGCAGACAGCUGCAUUCUGGCUAGCGGGUGAAAAUGCUGGAGAGCCAUUUUACAGAGUAUCGCUGACUGCUACGUGUACGGUGUGGAGAAAUGGGGAACUUCGUUUAUCCAUAAUGACACUUUUUGUGUGAAAUAUUUACCAACAACCCCCCCUCCAGAUAUCUACUUGUUUGAGACGUCUGCACAAGGUACCCGGACUGUGUCACAGGGUGACCCCAAUGGGCCUGUUCGACAAACUCGCUGGAUGGCUCGGCUUGAAGAAGAAGGAAGUCAACGUGCUCUGCCUGGGUCUGGACAACAGCGGCAAGACCACCAUCAUCAACCAGCUCAAGCCGUCUAAUGCUCAGACACAAGACAUAGUCCCCACGAUAGGCUUCAGCAUAGAGAAGUUUAAGACAUCAAGUCUGUCCUUCACAGUUUUUGACAUGUCGGGUCAAGGCAGAUACAGGAAUCUGUGGGAGCAUUACUACAAGGAGGGUCAGGCCAUCAUAUUUGUCAUAGACAGUGGGGACAAGCUGAGAAUGGUGGUUGCCAAAGAGGAACUUGACACACUUUUGAAUCACCCAGACAUAAAACACAGAAGGAUUCCCAUUUUGUUCUUCGCAAACAAGAUGGAUCUGCGAGAUGCACUGUCCUCUGUGAAAGUUUCACAGCUGCUCUGCUUGGAAAAUAUCAAAGACAAACCUUGGCAUAUAUGUGCAAGUGAUGCUGUGAAAGGUGAAGGCUUGCAAGAAGGUGUGGACUGGCUUCAAGAUCAGAUCAGAACAAUGAAAACAUGAACAUUAUCAGGACAGGAACUGAGACAGCAUGAGAACACCAACAGCAUCCUCUCAGACUGGUCUGAAGCUGUCCCCAGAAGAGUCCUAUUCAGCCUGACCUAUGUCCCAGUAAGUCUGGACUUUUGGCCUUCUGUAGUGACCACAUUGCUAAAAGAGAAGGUCUUUUUUUAUUUAUUUUCUUUACUUAAGGUAGAACAAAUGCUUACUUAUAUAAAAUGUACACAUUUUUUUCCACCAUAUCUCAACUUAUUUUUUGUAUUCAUGCAAAACAGUAAUUACUUUUUCUGGACACUGCAUAAGACUUAUAGUUGCGUAUUCUGCUUGCAAGUCCAGCAGAUCAAUGCGGCAAGGCAUAUUUACCAGUUCUAUAGAAACUGAAAUAGUAGUUUACAAUAGCCUGAAAAAAUUUAAAUUUCACCACUUCCAGCUAGUAUGUGCUUAUGAUCUACUGUAUCUCCAGCAAAUUAGCUUUCAUGGCAGGCAGUCACAUGUGCUCUGAUCUGAGCCUGGCCUAACAUUUUAUGUUGCUUUCAUCUGCUUGUUUUUUUAUGACCCAUCUCUGCUGGAACGUAAUGUAACAGCUAAAGUUCCAGAUGUUUGUUUGGUUAAUAAUUGUGGCAUUAGUAUACAGUCACAUUGACUCAGUACAAAUCCUGUUUUUCCUCUGUUCUGUUUAGUGUAGGAUUGGGUGCCCUGUGUAUGGCUGAUCUUCAGACACCAAACACGCAUAAUAAGCUGUGUCUGGUUGGUGUCUUCACAGCACAAGAAGCCUAUUUGGGGAACUUAAUAUUUUAGAGAAUGACACCUUUAAAGGUUGGCUUUUGCUUAGUACAUGCUUUUCGUCCAUUUCAAAUAAAUAUCAUCAAUCUAAUUAAUCAAGACAAUAUAAAUGAAUCAGAUAAGUAAACCUACAGACUCAGGGAAAUUUUGUCCAGUACUUGUGGAAGUAAUUUAAAAAAUAAUUUUAACAACAUUUCAAUAAAGGGAAUUGAUUUUAAACAAUUUUAUUUCACAAGCUAGAUAAUGAAUAUCCAUUUAUUGCUGAAUUCUACAGUACACUAAAUAAUAUUUACUGUAAUAGCAUAAAGAGCAACUAUUGCUUGUGACUCAAUGGUCAUUGUCAUUGCCUCUUUGGUAUACAUUCAAACAGAUGUUUUCAUUUGUCUGAAUUGAUACUGGAAAGAUGGGGUUUACCAAACUAUCUGGCAAAAGCAUAGGUGUUCAUUCUGGAAAAACUGGUGUGGUAAACCUAAAAUCUGUAUAAGCAGUUUAAAUCAAAGGGAUGCUGUAUGUACAUUAAUAAUGUACAAUUAUACACUGUGUGAACCUGCUUUCCUUGUUUAUUCUCCCUGUGUUUGGCUAAUGUGACAACAGUUGUCCUUGUUUAGUUGAGUUCUGUUGAGUGGACUUCAUUUAUUUUGUGAGCAUUGGGACUAGGCUGUUCUGUAAACUCAAAAGUAGCCAAUCUUGUGGUUAUAUAAUGGAUCUAUUAUUGUGUUGUAAUGUACAGCACAAUAUAACUUAAGAGUAUUAUUGUGCUCUUAAGAGUGAUUUCCAUAUUUUGAUUAUCUCUUAUGUUUAAAAAAAAAUACAGCAACUGUCAACAAA